UUUCUCUUAAGGUUACCUAAUUUGUUUAUUAAGCAGUCUAUUAGUGGUCUACUAAUAGUCUACAAAAUACUCCAUUCCAUAGGGGUUUCUCCACCUUGGGGUACUCAGUGACACGUUUAGUGGCAAACUGAUGAUAUUUUUGGCUUUUGAAGUUAUAAAAUGCAGUUGACCUUCUGAACUCAGGUGGUGAAUUGUUCUAAGGUUGACUCAGAAGAUCAGAGUCUUUAACCUGUUAUAUAAGUGGAAUGAAAGCAAGACUUACCAGAACUCAGUAUUGCUAAUCCCAGAGAAGUCGUUUUAUGUUGGAAGACUAAUCUGUAUUUAUAUUUGAACUCCUUUUAUGAAGACACCUCAAAAUAAACACAGUAAACAUGGUGAAAAAUAACCUGUCAUUCAUUCCAGCUUUCCAUGCUGCCAGUUUGUGCUGUCUUUGUGUGCAGCUGAUGCAUUGUUCAGUUUUCUAGAUGUGUUUUGUUGAAGAUAAUGACUUUAUCAAAAGCAUUCAAUCAUUUGAUGCUUGUGGACACCUUUAUAUUAUGUUUGGACAUGCAAAGGACAAAAUCCACCUGCAAACUCCAUUGAUAUUCCAGUUAAAAUAGAAUAAGAGAUAUUUCCUUUGCAAAUGUGCCAUGCAUCAAUCAUAAAAGUCACUGACCAUCCAAAACCUGAUUAGUGUUUUCUGACAACUGCAUGUAGGACAGCCAAUGAAGAGCUGUGGAAUUUUUAAACAGGGCUUUAGAGGUCAGUGACACACUAAAACAGGCUGAUAGAUGAACACACAUCCAAUCAAGAUAGCUGAUAAUGAACAUGAGACUUCGCCAGAGAGACUGAGCUGCAUUCUAAAGGAUGCAUCCUGAGUUUCAUCUUGAUUUUAAAAUUUAAUUCAAUAUAUUUAUUAGAGAUCAGGCCUCAUGGCUCCUGGAAUAUUUGGGAUUGUUUUGGCUGCAAAUAAAGAAAUCCCUGUAGAAGCUCACGCAGAAAUGGGCCGAAAGGAGGGUGACUAUGGUUGGAAAAAGAGCACGGAUAACAUCCAGGAUGUGUUUGAAUUCAUGGAGGUCCUCGGAUCGGGAGCGUUCUCAGAGGUCUUCAUGGUGAAGGAGAGAAAAACAGGGAAGCUUUUUGCACUGAAGUGUGUGAAGAAGAAAAACAAAAGGGACGUCAACCUGGAGAAUGAAAUCGCUGUGUUGAGAAGGAUCAAACAUGACAAUGUGGUUUGCUUGGAGGAUUUCUAUGAAAGUCGGACGCAUUACUACCUGGUCAUGCAGCUCGUUUCAGGUGGUGAACUGUUCGACCGGAUCCUGGACCGGGGCAUGUAUUCAGAGGCCGAUGCUAGUCUGGUCAUCAGACAGGUGCUGGAGGCAGUCAGCUACCUGCACAAAAACGGCAUUGUCCACCGUGACCUCAAGCCAGAGAAUCUGCUCUACUACAGCCCUGAUGAAAACUCCAAGAUCAUGAUCAGUGAUUUCGGCCUGUCUAAGAUGGAGGAGAAGGGCAUCAUGUCCACGGCCUGCGGGACUCCAGGAUAUGUCGCCCCUGAAGUAUUGGCCCAGAAACCUUACAGCAAAGCCGUUGACUGCUGGUCUAUUGGAGUCAUCACCUACAUCCUUCUCUGUGGCUAUCCUCCUUUCUAUGAAGAAACCGAGACUCGUCUGUUUUCUAAAAUCAUGAAGGCACAGUAUGAGUUUGACUCGCCCUUCUGGGAUGAUAUCUCAGAGUCUGCAAAGGACUUCAUCCGCAACAUGAUGCAGAAGAAUCCUAAGAUGCGUUAUGACACAGAACAGGCUCUCAGACACCCCUGGAUUAUAGGAAAGACGGCCCGGAGUCAGGACAUCUAUCACUCCGUCAGCGAGCAGAUCCAGAAGAACUUUGCCAAGUCCAAAUGGAAGCAAGCCUUCAACGCUACAGUGGCCAUUCAUCACAUGAAGAAACUGCAGCAGGCCCACUCUGAGGCCUGUCUCCGUCUGAAACAGACGCCUGUGCCUGAGAUCAAGGUCAUCGCAACAUCCACACCUGAAUCCGUCCGCAAGAAGCUGUUCGCUGAGACCCCCGAACCAAACGGCAGCGUUCCCAGCAAUCAGAUGAGUGUGCCCUCCGGCUCCACCGACUCAAAGAGUCAGUACCACCCGGUCCGGGUCAGUCACAGCGAGACCACCCAUGUAGGGACCCUCACCAUUACAGAGAAGAGCAAACAUGUGUAUCACUCGCAGCCAGCGGACCUAAAUGGGUACGCAAAAAGAAGCUCCAGUCGUAACGGGCAGAACCUUCAGACUGGCGUUUGCUCUGUCAUGUGAUUGGCUGCUUUGGCAUUGCAUGAUUUUGACAGGUCUGUGACCUUUCACUCAACCACUGGCUGCUUUCUGUGGGCAGGUCCUGCUGCUCUGUCCCGCUCAAGAGUGUUGGCCAGACAGCUGGCCACCGGCCCGCACUGUUCUGAAAUACUGAAAUUUAGGGGAGUAUCUCCAAACCAGCAAACACACACACACACACAGAGCACAAAUCCAGCCUGUCACACACUCGCAAAUGACACAGUAUCCCUGUAAAAGCAGAAAUGAUUACAUGUUAGGUGCUGAACCUCAGACUUUGUAUUUUCCCUUGAAAAACGGAUAUACAUUAUCAAGGUCAAUUAAUCUCUCUGUAUUAAAACAUUUGGAGCGGGGGUCCGUGUUACUGGACACUUGUGUAAGGAGUAUUGGGAGUUUUGUACAUGUACCAUGUGAUGCAUGGCUAGUUUGUAAUGUGCAAUCCUGUAGCAAUUCACGUGUGUAAAACUCUUUUGCUUCACUGUAAGCCGUAAUUAUUAUUGAUUAUAAAGAAAUAAGAUUCCAGCUUUUCUUUAUUUAUUCAAUAGUUUUUUUGCGUGUGUGUGUGUAAUUUAACUAGAGUGAAUGUUUAUUUUUCUAAUGCAGAAAUUAUGUUUAUGUUUAUCCAUUAUAUAUUUUUGUCAUAAUAAAACAGAUAAAAAUGAUUUAACGCCUUUUCCCACCACCAUAGUAAGCCUAGCCCUUGUUUUGUGCACUAUAAUACACUACUGUUCCUGACAGACAUGAACUUUACUGUUAGAAAUACUGUAUAUUGUUACUAAUUAUCUUGUAAGAGAUUAUAAUUAAGUGUCCUCUAAACUACAGAAAAGGUUUAUGUUUGUGUAAGCUACUACUGUUUAUUCUUUGUGCAAUAUGCAAUACCAAUAAACCCUCACACAUCA